AUGCGUGAUCAUAUCGCUAGGGAAAACAACAAAAGGGUAUUGCGUGAGCAUCGGCGUCAACCACGUACCACAUAUUUGGGCACGAGCCCUCGCACUCAUGACACAGACGGUGAUGAGCCUGCUACCAUACUGCCUAAUUCUAUCACCGAGGACGAGCUUCUUGAGUUCGUUCGAGUCCAUUUUGAUGAACCCAACAAGGAACUUGAAGAGUGGGAAGCUCUCAUGUACACUCUGUACGGUCGUCCCACACAGCAGACCAUCGCCACCAAGUGGGCCAAACUCGAGUCUACCGUCUACAAAGCAGGUCACCAAAGCGCUCAGUUCAUUGCUAACUGGCAGCGAGCCUACGUGGAAGUAGACGAAGCCCUAGGCGAAGAGUCUCUUUCUAUAGCCAUCCAAUACUCCAUGUUCGUCCGGGCUGUGGGUAACCACCCUGAUACUAUUGUAUGGCUUCAGGGCGUCCACAAAUUCGACCUGAAGGAUGACAGACUUAUGGAGAACGUCUUUGCUGACUUUGGCACCGCGGAAGACCAGCGCUAUAACAAUAUCAAGCAGCACCCUACCCUUUCUUCCAAUAUUACUAAGAAGGGGCGGCCAACAGGGUGGCCAGCAGCAGCAGCAGCAGCAGCAGUCCCAGUCCUCUCAGCAGUCCUCCCAGCAGUCCAGUGGCCGACAGAAACAACAAAUUAA